AUGGAUGAUACAAAUAUCCGAUCUUGGGCAUCAAGGCUCAAGAGCUACAUCCCGACUUUCGGCAAACGAGAUAAAAUGGCCAAUACGGAAGAAUUUAUCGCGACCGACACGAUAAUCGAUCGAUAUGCCGACGUGAAGGUUUUGCAGAAAACGCUUUUGAGAUUCAAGUUUCCCAAGGAGACGAUUAAGGUGAAGGCAACAAAAGCCGACUGUCUCAAGGUUCAACUUCCUCGAAAGUUGACCCCAGAGGAGAUAGAAAACGUUCACGCUGCCCUCAAGAAGGCGAAAGAGGUAGACUCUGAAGAAGAAUGA